GCCCGGGUAAACAGCCCGAGUGUAAAGAGGCCCUUCGCUCUGUGGGCCUGAAGCCGUAGCGUCGCUUUCAGGCGGGAAAGGUAUGAACAUGGGUAGUGCUCGUCCAGGAUCCUGCCGGGUAUAACAGUUUGGGAAAUCUGAGAAGUCGCCUGAAUCUUUUUCUCCGCCAAAUGCUUAUGGAUUGAGUGUCACUUAGAUAAGCGGAGCGUGGUUUUGUUGUAACAGUGGUCGUGGUAGAAAUAAAUGGAAGGUGGCAACCUGUUGAUAGUGGUACCUGUCAAGUAUCAUUCGAUGGACUUGGGUUUCUCAUGGUAGGAAUUUGAUUUGCUGUUCUGCAUGCUUGCAUGUACCUUGUUACCUGAUGCACGGCAGUCCAGGCUAGGGCUGGUGACUGUGUGAGGCCAACCAGCAGGCGGAGACCCUCUGUUUACUGGUCUAAGCCUGGACUCCCAGUCAGGCGCCUCGCACACAGUGGCUCAAACCCUGCCGCAGGCUGUUACUCACCAGAGGGAGUGAAUGGCCAGUCAGGAGUGCGCCUGUGAGUACAGGAUGUGAGGCCUGUUGGAGGAUGACAAAAGGAAUGGAUGAGGUCAUACUGCUGCUGGGUUGGGCGGGAGGCUGCAGUGUGAGAGGCUUGACCGAAAGGCACCAGCCCCAGCCCUGGACGUUACAGUCAGCGACUCGAUGCCAGCUCAGCAAGUGGACUUCAGUGAAGGGCGCUGUCCAAGCCUGUUGGUUUUACCCCAUGUACCAGGGAUCCAGGGGAGCCUGCUGCUGGCUUGCAGUCCACUUGGCAAGCAAGGUUUGCAUCGGUGUGUUCAAUCAGCUGCAGUAGCAGUGAGGCUGAUGGUGGGAGAGUCACUCUUUGAGCUCUUUAUGGCCAGGCACUCUGUAGGGCACUUCCUGGGGAUUGUUUUAUAAUCUGACCGUGACCUUGGUAGUAGAAAACAUGAAUCUCACUGGAUUGCCUGGUCUUGGUCCCUCUUAGUAGCUGCCCUUCCCCUUUUGGUGGUCUCAUCCAGCUUCCUGGCUUUAAUGCCCUUUCUCCUUGACAGCUCCCAUCGCCUUCUUCAGCCCUGGCCUCCCUUCUGAGCUGCUGUCUCUUCCAAAUCUUUAUAUGUUACUUUGAUGCCAAGUAGCCAUGGCCAAACCUAAAUCCUUUUCUUCACCCACCCCACAACACUUCUCAUGCUGCCUUCGCUACCUCAGUGCACGACAGCUCCGUUUAUGAGUUUAGAGUCACCUGGAUUCCUCUCUUAGGCCUCCAUGCAACACUCAGGACAAUUUCUUACCACCUCCAGCUUAACGUGCUAUUCUGAACUGCCUGGUGAGCUUCUUAAUUCUUCACUUUGCUCUCACUCUUGCUCCUCCCUGCCACUCACCCAUGAUAGUUUUUCUGGACACAGAAUGAUUCUUUUAAACUGUAGGAUAGUGUAAAACCAAGGAAGUGAGGAGGGGAGCCAGCUUGCCUGGGUGGUAAAGCAGCUUCACUGCUUUCUAGCUGUGUGACCUUGAGGAAGUUGCUUAACCUUUCUGUCCUUAACCUCUCUCUUAGUGCUGUGUGAGAACUGGUGAGUGAAAAUGCAUAACACUCUUAGAGCAGGGCCUGGCUGAGGGUUGGUUGCCACUGCUGUCCUUGGGUCAUGCCACCUCAGUGCUUGGACCCUCCUGUCCAGUGGCCCAUCUCUUAAGAUAAGAGCCACAGUCCUGGUCUCAGUUUCACUUAGCACGCUGCUUUCACGUCCUUCACUGCACUUCUACCCCAGGGUCUUUGCUCUUCUGUCACGUGGAAUGUCCCUUGCUCCCACCUACCCAGCUCACUCUCUUCUGCCUUCAGAUGGACUCCGACUGUGCAGUCUUUGCUGUCUGCCCUUUAUGAAGCUGCCCCCCCCCGCUUUGUUUUCUCUUGAAUACUAAUCAGCUUUUCUUAGUUGUUUCUCCAUCUGUCCUGCUAAAAAGUGAGCUCUGUGGGUACAGAUUUUGUCUGUUCUGCGUCCUUAGCAUCUAGAAUGGUACGUGGGCCAUGUGGAAAGCAUUCAGCAAACACUUGUUGAAUGAGUAGAGCAAGCUUACAGGGGAAAGUAAGGAACUUGCCCAGGACUGCCCUACUGCGGAGUUCUGAGCCUUGAGCUGCUGCCCCCUGGGGCUGGGCAGGCUUUCCUGAUCCCCCAGGGAGAAAGAACACUCUUUUUUCUCUACGGCUCCCUGACCCCACCCUCUGCACCUCUUUCAGGCCUCCCUGCAUUGUUGUCAUUAUCAUCUUUGCUUUGUGCUUUGGUGAUGGCAGCUGCUUGGUCUUUUAACACUAGCAGGUGUCCCCAUCCUGUACCACCCUUUGUCUUCAGCCCCCCCCCUUCAGCCCCCAGAAUCACUGGAUUGGCUCUUGGCUAGUGUCUCCACAGACCUACCAGAAGCUGAGGGGUUUGGUCCUGAUUUUUAUCUGUGUUCUUUAGCACUGGACAUGCUGACCUGUUUGUCCUUCUCUGAAAUGAUCUUUGUUGGUUGCCAGGAGACUGGCCUUAUUUCACUCGGUUCUCCUCAUGCCUGUUCAGCUGCAGCCUCCUUAGCGUUUACCUCAGUUCUGAGUCUUGUUAUCUGUAAGCUGUAUUCCCUUGAUCUUUAGCACCUUUGACAGAUACACCUUUGGGGGAAGUAUUGUGAUAAAAUUCCCAUUGAAUUCAGAAAUGUAAGGACAUCUUAGAGUCUAGGAAAUAGAGUGACAGCUCAGUGGUCAUUGCCCUUCCAGCUGUGUCCAGGUGGUGGGGACCUUGUCUCUUGUUCAUGGUAGUACAUCCUUUAGAGUAGAAGGCCAGUGAAUAUUGGUUGAAGGAAUUAAUUAAAUCUGAGUAAGUCUUUGGUUUUUAUGUUGUGUCUCCUUGAAAGUACAACCACCACGCUCUACUCCUUCACUGUAAACUUCUUAAGUGUGUGAUGUCUGCUGUCUUCUGCUCUGUCCAUGCAGCCAGUCAGGCCUGCCCUAUGUGGGCAUGGGCAUGCAUGUGCGUAUCUGCACCCGUGUGCAUGGCAUGUUCAUGUGUGUGUGUGUGUGUGUGUGUGUGUCUGCAUGGUGUGGGAGUGUGUGCGCAUACACGUUUGCGUCUGCACGUGCUUCUCCUGCUUUGAUGCCCGGCCCUCCUGCAGACCUCUGGGUUUUUGGAUUGUCCCUCUGACCUGCCUUUUCACGUCAUCCCUUUUGUUGUCUUUUCUCUGAAGGGAAGCUUCCCAGAGUUGCAUCCUUAACCCUCUUCUUGGUCUGUGUUGCCUCUCUGGGCAGCCUCUCUCCUGUGGUUUUGGCGACUAUCACCUCCCUGAUGUGUUCUGGCCUUCUGUUUCUGGGCCAGUCACAGCUCCAGAGCUGUGGCCUCAGCACCUGUUGGACAGGUCUGCCUAGAGGCUCCAUCCAUUCUCCUUGGCAGGCUCUUGCCUGAAUGCUGGAACACGUGUGUCCUCCCAGGGGAGAAGCCUCAUUUGCCUUCAGUUCCCUCUUGUCUUUGCUCUCCACCUCUACCCAGUCAGCAGUGUGGUCAGUUCUGUGUCUUCACUGUUCUUGAGGGCUCCAGCCCUGUCACCAGAGCCUCAUUCACACCUUUGUGCUUUGGCCUGGAGGACUGCCCUCUGUGCCUUGGGCAUAGGCACUGGGCCUGGCACAGCUGUCAGUUUCCUUUUUCAAAUAGGGGCUGAAUUGUGGCAUGGGAAUCGCUUCACCCUUGGUGGCUCCUUAUUGCCCCCAGGAGGGAGCCAGGUUCCAGAUGGCACCCAGGACUUCCUGUGCCUUGGCUCCAGCUGUCUCCUGAGGCUCCCCCAACCAACCCUGGCCAGGUUCCCUUCCCCACAGCCACCAUCCCCUCCUCUACUGGGAACAGAACCAUGCCACCUCUGGCGACCUCAGCACGCUGCAUCACUAUCCCGGUCCACCCGCCACCUUGUGGGCCCAGGAGAGCCCUGGGGUCCCUGGGUAGCAGAGCGCCUGGCUGUACCUCUGAGGCCCUAGUGCCGCAGAGUUGAGCUGAGGGUCUCGCACUCGCCCUCGCCCUCUGACUGACCCAGCCCUAGCAGGUGAGUGGAUCCAUGUCGCUCUGAUGGCCAGAGGGAGGCCACACACCUUAUGUGUGUUCUGGAAAGGGCAGCCUUGCACCGCGAGCUUGCUUACCUAAUAAACUGAGUUAGGGGAAUGCUGCGGUGAAGCUUAGCCUAGUUUUUAAAAAUCUUUUUUGAGCCUUAAGAUAAUACUUUUUGUGCUUCUGAAGUAGGAAUUACAGUGGACAAUUAGUAAGAUAUUUAACUUAGGACUUAAAUUAUAAUUUAGGUUCUGAAGGAAGAAUGUAGAGCUAGUUUGUUUUGAAGCCUAGAAGGUUCUUUAAGGCAGUAGUAUUUCAAGUUCUUUACUACACUGUUAAUAGCACUUGACUCUUAGUACCAGGGAAGUAGAAGGUUUCUGUCAUUUUGUGACGAUGUUUUUAAAUCUCUUUGCAGGUGGAAGAAGAAAGGUGCCACUUUGGCAUGAAGACAGACUCGCUUAGUCGUCAGUCAUUUAAGCUGAGUGCAUUGUGAUUUCCAAUAAUUGAGGCAGUGGUUCUAAAAGCUGUCUACAUUAAUGAAAAGAGCAAUGUGGCCAGCUUGACUAAGCCGCCGGCGUGUGCAGCGCGGGCAGGACGGCACCCGGGUCUCAGCGGACUUGUGCAUGUUAGCUGUAUAGAUUUAUGUAAGGUUUUUUAAAACUCUGGUCUUUUAAAAUAGUCUUAACCACUUUUACUAUGGAGACAUAUGAGAGUCCCUCUCCUCUCCCGCGUGAGCCCGCAGGAGAAGCGGUGAUGGAGAACCGAGCUUGCCCCUUUCAAGCGCUGCCCCGUGAACAGUCUCCACCACCUCCCCUGCAAACGUCCAGUGAUGCAGAGGUAAUGGACGUUGGCUCUGGUGGUGAUGGACAGGCCGAACCCCCUGCUGAGGACCCGCUCAACUUCUACGGAGCUUCUCUUCUCUCCAAAGGAUCCUUCUCUAAGGCCCGCCUCCUCAUAGACCCGAACUGUAGUGGCCACAGCCCGCGCACCGCCCGGCACGCACCUGCGGUCCGGAAGUUCUCCCCUGACCUUAAGUUGCUUAAGGAUGUAAAGAUUAGCGUGAGCUUUACCGAGAGCUGCAGGAGUAAGGACAGGAAGGUGCUGUACACAGGAGUGGAGCGCGACGCUCGCGCAGAGUGCGGUCUGGCCCUUAGCCCUGUCAGUGGAGACGUGCAUGCUUGUCCCUUUGGCGGGAGUGUUGGGAAUGGGGUAGGUGUAGGGGGUGAGAGUGCUGAUAAGAAGGAUGAGGAGAAUGAGCUGGAUCAGGAAAAGAGAGUGGAGUACGCAGUGCUCGAUGAGUUAGAAGAUUUUACUGACAAUUUGGAGCUAGAUGAAGAAGGAACAGGCGGGUUCACGGCUAAAGCAAUCGUGCAGAGAGACAGAGUGGAUGAAGAGGCCUUGAACUUCUCCUAUGAGGAUGAUUUUGACAACGAUGUUGAUGCUCUGCUGGAAGAGGGCCUUUGUGCUCCCAAAAAGAGACGAAUGGAGGAGAAAUACGGAGGAGACAGUGACCAUCCAUCUGACGGAGAGACAAGUGUGCAGCCAAUGAUGACCAAGAUUAAAACUGUGCUAAAAAGUCGUGGCCGUCCUCCUACAGAACCAUUGCCCGACGGGUGGAUCAUGACAUUCCAUAACUCCGGAGUCCCGGUGUACCUACACAGAGAGUCUCGGGUGGUCACCUGGUCCAGGCCGUACUUCCUGGGAACGGGAAGCAUACGGAAACAUGAUCCUCCUCUGAGCAGCAUUCCUUGUCUGCAUUACAAGAAAAUGAAGGACAAUGAGGAAAGAGAGCAAAACAGUGAGCUCACCCCCAGUGGGGAAGUGUCCCCUGUCAAGCCCCUGAGCCGAUCUGCAGAGUUGGAGUUCCCCCUGGAAGAGCCUGACUCCAUGGGAGCUGACUCGGGGGCCCUCGAUGAGAAGGACCCACUGGGGGCUGAGGGUGCCCCCGGGGCCCUGGGGCAGGUGAAGGCCAAGGUUGAGGUGUGCAAAGACGAAUCAGUUGAUCUUGAGGAAUUUCGGAACUACCUGGAAAAGCGUUUUGACUUUGAGCAAGUCACUGUGAAGAAAUUCAGGACUUGGGCCGAGCGGCGACAGUUUAACCGAGAAAUGAAACGGAAACAGGCCGAGUCCGAGAGGCCCAUCCUGCCGGCCAAUCAGAAGCUCAUCACUCUGUCUGUGCAGGAUGCACCCACAAAGAAAGAGAACCCAAGUGAGCCUUUUGGUGCCUCAGUGACCAUUGAUGGUGUGACCUAUGGAUCUGGAACUGCAAGCAGCAAAAAACUUGCGAAGAAUAAAGCUGCCCGAGCUACGCUGGAGAUCCUUAUCCCUGACUUUGUCAAACAGACCUCUGAGGAGAAGCCCAAAGACAGUGAAGAGCUUGAGUAUUUUAACCACAUCAGUAUCGAGGACUCACGGGUCUACGAGCUGACCAGCAAGGCCGGACUGUUGUCUCCCUAUCAGAUCCUCCACGAGUGCCUUAAAAGAAACCAUGGAAUGGGUGACACAUCCAUCAAGUUUGAAGUGGUUCCUGGUAAAAACCAGAAGAGCGAAUAUGUCAUGGCGUGCGGCAAACACACAGUGCGCGGCUGGUGUAAGGACUGCCUCCCCUGCUUCUGGCCACCCCGUCACAAUUUCUCAUGACUGCUGGGGCGGUGGCUCCCUGCUUUGUGGCCUCUCUGGCAGCCCUGAGCCUCUGUGGCUUGGUCUCUGGCCACUGCUCUGGCAUCUUUCCCGAGCUCCUGCCUUGGGUGCUGACUGCCUGCAGUGUGUCCACUGGCAUCUCCUCUCGACCUCGGAAAGGCAGUCACCCGCAGGCGGGACUAUGGGAGUCCUGCCCACACCAUCCCUGUCCUCCUGGUUCCUGGGAUUGGGCUGAUCGUUUGGGUUAGACCGUGUGUUCUCCUCCUGCCACCAGUGCCCCAUCCAACCCGUGGUCCCUGUGGCAGGAGGAGGGGUGUCCUGGAAUGGCAGCAGAGCCCCUGGCCUGCCAUACUCUGUGUCCCUGUGUUCCGGUGUCUGUGUGCACCACCUGUGCUCUUUACCGAAUUUGGUUCUUGGAGUAACCACUUUUUAAAACUUUUAAAUAUUUUAUUUAUUUAUUUAUUUAUUUUAAAGAUUUUAUUUAUUUAUUUGAG